UCUAACCACCUGUAUCUACAGGGUCUCUAUAUCUAUACACUGACAAACAGAUACAUUUGCUGCAUUGAUGCAAAAAUCCUGUUUCCUGCUGGAUUUCUCUCUACAAAUUGUGAGGGCAUCACACACCACGGCAGAGAUUUGGGAAUUGGGAGAUAAAUAUGGUAUCGAUCCAGCUCUCAUUGCUGCCAUCAUCUCCAGAGAGUCCAGGGCUGGAAAUACACUGAAAGAUGGCUGGGGAGACUGGGACCCGAACCGAAGAGCGUACAACGCCUGGGGCCUGAUGCAGGUUGAUGUUAAUCCAAGUGGAGGUGGACACACUCCACAGGGUGAAUGGGACAACUGGAGCAAGGAGCAGCAGCUGAAAGGAGGGAUAGCAGCCUACAAUAUGGGGGACGAAAACGUCCAUUCCUAUGAUAACGUGGAUGAAAACACAACAGGUGGAGACUACUCCAAUAUAAUUGCCAGAGCUAAGUGGUACAGAAAGAAUAUGGAUUUUAGCAGCUGAAGCUGUCCACAAUCUGCAAAUCAAGAAUAAAACAGUCUCUAAUGUGUGUCUUGUGUCAAAACUCAAGUUAAAUAAAAACAUA